AAGUGAAUUGGGUUCAGUUGUAUUGGUUGGACAUUGAUAAGUCUGAACUGUGUGUGCUUGAAUAAUUGGUUUAAAUGGCAUGCUGUGAUCUAGUUUUCAGCCACGGAGUUCGUGCUGGUUAUUCAGUGAAGUUAUUUUGAAAUAAAGCUUGAUUCAAUCCUGUCAACUCUGUCUCUUCGCAAAACCCGGCCGCAGGACAGAAAUGCGAACAUCAUUUGCAUGUUUGAUGAAGCCCGUGCUUCAUGGAUAUUUCAGAAGUUCUUGCUCAUGGAGAGUGCGGAUUGCUUUUGCCCUAAAGGGUAUUGAAUAUGACCAAGUACCAGUCAACCUCGUCAAGGACGGAGGCCAGCAGCUCACAGAUCAGUAUAAAACAGUCAACCCAAUGCAGCAAGUACCAGCAGUCACCAUUGAUGGCAUCACCUUGUCUCAGUCACUGGCUAUCAUCCAGUAUAUUGACGAAACUCGGCCUGGGCCACGUCUCCUCCCAGCUGACGUACAGCAGCGAGCUCAAGUGCGCAUGAUCUCUGAUCUCAUCGCCUCCGGGAUACAGCCUCUACAGAACAUCUAUGUGAUACAGAAAAUUGGUGAAGAAAAGGUACAAUGGGCUCAACAUUUCAUCAACAAGGGAUUCAAGGCCCUCGAGUCCAUCCUGAAGCAGACAUCUGGAACAUACUGUUUUGGAAAUGAGAUAUCCAUGGCAGACGUGUGUCUUGUACCCCAGGUCUACAAUGCUGAAAGGUUUAAAGUGGAUCUUGACCAGUAUCCCACAAUCAAGCGGAUAAACCAGACCCUAAUGAAGCUUGAGGCCUUCAAAGUCACUCAUCCAUCCUGUCAGCCUGAUACACCUGAUGACCUGAGAGCAUAAAUGUCAUUUUGAACAUCCUUGUUGACUCAACAGCACCAUAAUGACAUUAAAGCUUUAGCAAAGGAAGUUAAGCCA